GGACCCGCCGGCAGGAUGCAAUGGCUGCCAGCAGGCCACGACAUCAAUGGCGCCCUGGAGCCGUCCAACAUCGACACCAGCAUCCUGGAGGAGUACAUCGGCAAGGAGGACGCAUCCGAGCUCUGCUUCCCCGACAUCUCUGCACCUGCCGGCUCCGCCUCCUACCCCCACGGGCAGCCUGCUCCAACCCGGAAGCAGCGGCCCGGCCUGGGAGCAGGGCAGGCCACUGUGGACCCCUUCCUCGCAGACCCCCGCCUCCUGCGGACCAUCACCCCGGACACCCUGUGCCACGUGGGGGUGCCCUCCCGCCUGGAGCUCCCGCCCCCACCCCACUACCCCGUGUUGCAGCGGGACCUGUACCUGAAGCCCGAGCCCCCUGUCCCGCCCUACACCAUGGGCCAGGGGCUGGUGCCCAGCGAGCUCCAUCACACCCCUCAGCCACAGAUGCUACACCAGCUGCUGCAGCAUGGAGCCGAGCUCCCCACACACCCCUCCAAGAAGAGGAAGCACUCCGAGUCUCCCCCCAACACCCUCAGCGCCCAGAUGUUGAACGGCAUGAUCAAGCAGGAGCCUGGGACCGGGCCGGCGCUGCCCCCACACCCCACCCGGGCCCCAUCCCCGUCCGGCCCCCGUAGGGCCCACUGGCCCCCGCAGGGCCCACUGUCCCCCGGCCCCAGUUCCCUGCCCCUCAGCAUCACCCGGGCACAGACCCCGCCUUGGCACCCUCCCGGGGCGCCCUCCCCAGGUCUCCUGCAGGACAGCGACAGCCUCAGUGGCUCCUACCUGGACCCCAACUACCAGUCCAUCAAGUGGCAGCCCCACCAGCAGAACAAGUGGGCCACCCUGUACGAUGCCAACUACAAGGAGCUGCCCAUGCUCACCUACCGCGUGGACGCCGACAAGGGCUUCAACUUCUCCGUGGGUGAUGACGCCUUCGUGUGCCAGAAGAAGAAUCACUUCCAGGUCACGGUGUACAUCGGCAUGCUGGGCGAGCCCAAGUUUGUGAAGACGCCUGAGGGCCUCAAGCCGCUCGACUGCUUCUACCUGAAGCUGCAUGGGGUGAAGCUGGAGGCCUUGAAUCAGUGCAUCAACAUCGAGCAGUCCCAGUCUGACCGCAGCAAGCGGCCCUUCAACCCCGUCACGGUCAGUCUGCCGCCCGAGCAGGUCACCAAGGUGACCGUGGGGCGCCUGCACUUCAGCGAGACCACAGCCAACAACAUGCGCAAAAAGGGCAAGCCCAACCCCGACCAGAGGUACUUCAUGCUGGUGGUGGCGCUCCAGGCGCACGCGCAGAACCAGAGCUACACGCUGGCCGCGCAGAUCUCCGAGCGCAUCAUAGUGCGGGCUUCCAACCCAGGCCAGUUUGAGAGCGACAGCGACGUGCUGUGGCAGAGGGCGCAGGUGCCCGACACCGUCUUCCACCACGGCCGCGUGGGCAUCAACACCGACCGGCCGGACGAGGCGCUGGUGGUGCACGGCAACGUCAAGGUCAUGGGCUCGCUGCUGCACCCCUCGGACCUGCGCGCCAAGGAGCACGUGCAGGAGGUGGACACCACGGAGCAGCUGAAGAGGAUCUCGCGCAUGCGGCUGGGGCGCUACCGCUACAAGCCGGAGUUUGCUGCCAGCGCGGGCAUUGAGGCCGCGGCGCCCGAGACUGGUGUCAUCGCCCAGGAGGUGAAGGAGAUCCUGCCCGAGGCCGUGAAGGACACAGGGGACAUGGUCUUUGCCAACGGGAGGACCGUGGAGAACUUCCUGGUGGUGAACAAGGAGCGCAUCUUCAUGGAGAACGUGGGCGCCGUGAAGGAGCUGUGCAAGCUCACAGACAACCUGGAGACGCGCAUUGGCGAGCUGGAGCGCUGGAGCCACCAGCUGGCCACGCUGCGGCGCCUGGACAGCCUCAAGUCCACCGGCAGUGCAGGCGCUCUCAGGUGGGCACGGGGCGGGAGGGCAGGCGUAAGCAAGUGUCCCUCUCCGCUCCUCCCUCCCCCCUCUCAGCCGGCCUCAGUGGUCCCUGACCAGGCCUGUGUCAGCCAGCGCUUCCUGCAGGGAACCAUCAUUGCCCUGGUGGUGGUCAUGGCCUUCAGCGUGGUAUCAAUGUCCACACUGUACGUGCUGAGCCUGCAUGCCGAGGAGGACCUGGUGGACACUGAUGGCAGGUCCAGCCAGAGCUUUGGGACUACGAAGCUCCGCCAGUUGCCUGUGACCACAGGGCUGCCCGGCAUGCAGCCCUCUCUGCUGCUAGUGACCCCAGUACCAGCUGUCCGAACUCUGGACCUGUGCUCCAGCCACCCCUGCCCUGUCGUCUGCUGUGCCACCCCCAGCCCUGCCUCUGGCUUUCAUCUCAGCCCUAGCCCUACCCCUGCUACCAACCACUCAGGCCCCAGCCAGGCAGCCCUGCUGCCAGUCACGAGCAUCAGAGCCAAGUCUUGGGGUAUCUCAGCCAACGGCAUCGGUCGCACCAAGCACCCUAAAGGCAUGGAGCCUGCGGCCAGCCCUGCAGUCCCCUUCCCUGGGGGGCCAAGCAAGGCCAAGAACAGCCCCAGCCUUGGGCUCCACGGCCGGGCCCGCCGCAGGGUCCCAGCACUCAGCCCCCCUGGGACCCAGGGCCAGCCAGACCCAGUGCCCUCCCUGACCUCCAUCCAGGUGCUGGAGACCAUGAUGCCCAUCACCUCCCAGUACUGCGCCCCCGCAGAUGCCUGCAGGCCUGGGAACUUCACCUACCACAUCCCGGUGAGCAGCCGCACCCCACUACACCUCAGCCUGACCCUGCAGAUGAACUCCUCCGCCCCGGUGUCCGUGGUGCUGUGCAGCCUGUCGGCAGCGGCGGAGCCGUGUGAGGAGGGGGGUGUCCCGCAGAACGCCCGUACCCCUUGGGACACCCAGGGUACCUCCCACCAGUGGCCCAUCGCUGUCCUGUCCACCCGCGAAUUCACCUACCACUUCCGGGUGGCACUGCUGGGUCAGGCCAACUGCAGCUGGGAGGCCCGGCCAGCCACAGACUACUACUUCCACUUCUACCGCCUGUGUCCCUGAGCGGCGGCGGUGGCCACGCGGGGACCCGGGCCUGGCCCUCCUCGCUGGAUGCAGUGUUACACUGGGGCCAAGUGCUGGUGAUGGCUCACAGCCUCGCAGGGACAGGACCGGAGACAGGCGUCUUCCUUCACACUGGAGCUGCUGGCCUGCCUGCUACCCCCAACCAUGGCAGCCUCGGAGCCGCACUGACCUCUGCGGAGAAAUCCUGGGGUCUGGGCAGCACUGGCCCCGGUCCUCGGAGACUCUCGGCGGGGACUCUCCUCCCCACGGUGUGACUGUUACGCUGGACCUGGCCCGAGUCAGCCCUGGACGGCUGGCGCCUGUUCCUCAUGCCACCCUCGGCCCGCAAGCCUGACCAGGCCAGGCAGCCUGGGCCGCCGUGAAGGGACUCAGCACACUGCCGACCCCACCUUCUGAGCAGAGGGGCAGGCUUCCCUGCAGUGGUGGGACGGCCGGGGCCAGCCGCUGGGGGACCCCUGCCCCUGCUCCCUUGGAGCUCAGAGCCCAGCGUACUUCCAGCCCGUUUUUCAGCUCCCCCAGACCGAUGGUGCCUAGUAGAGGUGGGAGUGGGUCAGGUUCUACUACGUGCCAGUGGUGCCUGGAGCACCUAGCCCUGCCCCACGCUGUCCUGAGCAGUGCUUCGCAGGGCAGCCUCUCUAUUAAGGCCCAUACCACGAGCGGGGCCCCUUCUCUGGCCCUGAGCACUUCCCCGGGGGUGGGGUGCGGGCCCCACUCUCAUCCUGACAGAUCUGAGCCCGGUGGAGGGUGCUCCUGUCCUGCCUAACCCUCCAGGGAAGCCACCCUGACAGGGCCUUACAGGGGCUGGGGGUGGGGGAGAUUGGGCUCUCUGUGUAUGCCGGGGCCCUUCAGCCCUUAACUGGAAAAUGACCCUUCUCUGCCCCUGGAUCCCUUCAGCAGCUCCUACUGCCUGAGGGGUGAACACUGGACCAAAGGUACCCUGGCCCUGGGUACAGAAGGGGUGGGCCAAGGUGGGUGCUCUCCCCUACACAUGCCCCAGUACCCGUCCUGUGGCAGUGGCUAAACGUCCCCCCGCUCCGCUGUACAUAGGGCUUCCCCCAGUGGACCCCGCCCACCCACGCCGCAGUCCACACAGUGUCACCCCCACUUAACUCCCAUCUUCUCAUAUUUAUCGUGCACCCACCCUGGGCCCACUUGCUCCCUGUCCCCCAAGUUGCCUUUUCUGUUCAAGUAAAUAUACACAUAUAAAUAAAUGUACAAAUACUGCUUUGUA